ACGAUCGCUGUUAAAGCUUGCGACUCAGAGCCCACCUGGCCGCGCUGCUGGGAGACUGAGGGAGCGGCGCUUCAAUCAGAGGUAUUAAUCAGCACAGAAACUCAGGAGACACAGACAAGUUCUUCCACAAUGUCGUACAGACGAGAGCUAGAGAAAUACCGUGACCUGGAUGAAGAUGAAAUCCUUGGAGCCCUCACAGAGGAAGAGCUCAGGACUCUGGAAAAUGAGCUGGAUGAGCUGGACCCUGAUAAUGCACUGCUGCCUGCAGGCCUGAGGCAGAAGGAUCAGACCACCAAGGCGCCCACGGGCCCCUUUAAAAGAGAGGAGCUCUUGGAUCACUUGGAAAAGCAAGCAAAGGAGUUUAAGGACCGAGAAGAUCUGGUCCCCUACACAGGGGAGAAACGAGGAAAGGUCUGGGUUCCUAAGCAGAAGCCAAUGGAUCCUGUGCUGGAAAGUGUGACGCUGGAACCGGAGCUGGAGGAAGCCUUGGCAAACGCUUCGGAUGCAGAACUCUGUGACAUUGCAGCGAUCCUGGGCAUGCACACGCUCAUGAGCAACCAGCAGUACUACCAGGCCCUGAGCAGCAGCUCCAUCAUGAACAAGGAGGGGCUCAACAGCGUGAUUAAACCCACACAAUACAAGCCUGUGCCCGACGAAGAACCAAAUUCAACAGACGUAGAGGAAACGCUGGAAAGGAUAAAGAACAACGACCCAAAACUUGAAGAAGUUAACCUCAAUAAUAUCCGGAAUAUCCCCAUCCCCACCCUCAAGGCAUAUGCAGAAGCCCUGAAAGAAAACUCAUAUGUGAAGAAGUUCAGCAUCGUGGGGACGCGGAGUAAUGACCCCGUGGCGUAUGCCCUUGCUGAGAUGCUCAAGGAGAACAAGGUGUUGAAGACACUGAACGUGGAAUCCAACUUCAUUUCUGGAGCUGGGAUCCUACGCCUGGUGGAAGCCCUCCCAUACAACACUUCUCUGGUGGAACUGAAAAUUGACAACCAGAGCCAGCCCCUGGGCAACAAAGUGGAAAUGGAGAUCGUGAGCAUGUUGGAAAAAAACGCAACGCUUCUCAAAUUCGGCUACCACUUUACCCAGCAGGGACCCCGGCUUCGGGCAUCCAACGCAAUGAUGAACAACAAUGACCUUGUGAGGAAGAGGAGGCUUGCGGACCUGACUGGGCCCAUCAUUCCCAAGUGCCGGAGUGGUGUCUAGUGUGUGGCGGUGGAGACCAUGCCUUUGAACUGGACGUGUUCUAUUGAUGACUUGUACUCUGCAGGGGAAACCAGAAGGCAAAAUGCCGGCAGCACGAAACCCUUUUGUGGUUCAGUUCUUUAUGCACUAAGGUUUUAGGCUGACUAGUGGUUUAGUUGAAAAUUUUAUAAAAUAUCGUUAAUGUGAAGUUUUUCUUUAGUCACAGAAGUUGAGUCUGGUUAUUAUUUAAAAACUAGAAGCCCCCAAACCAGCAGAUCUUACUGAAGAUAAUGUUCCAGCAGCAGCGACUUAGCCCCAGGAGCCCAGUUUCGAUGGCCUUGCUGUGUGGUGUUUCAAGUGCAUUUAAAAUGUGUGACAGAAACAGCACACUCUUCCACAUGCUUUUGAAGUAUUAUAAAACACUUUAUUACAAAUUUGUCUUAGCUAUUAGCAAAUAAAAACAGAUUAUCAUUCUUUAUUAA